AGAGAAGUCUCAUAAAAAUACAACAGUUCCACAAUUAGCAAGUGGUCAGGUGGCAUUCUAAGCUUGGGAAUCUAAAAGCAGAGACUGUGUGUGUGCUUAGCCAGAGAGAUUCACAGCUCAAGGUAAGACCAAAAGGGCAGGUAGGGACCAGAACCUGGUGGCAUUCUUUCUAGAGACAGGGUUUCACAGUGGGGAGGGUGCCUGAAUUUCAUCUGAACUCUGGCACAACCUUGCAAUGUGACCCAAGGAAAGACUGUACUGCACCAUGUCGAAUCCAGCUUGGAGCCCAAACAAAGAUAAGUCUAAAGCCAAUAUUUAGGGGGAACCUGAGCUACUCCUUACUCUGCCACACAAUACCUCCCUGGUGCCCCUCCCCUUCUCUAGAUUGAGCACCUAGUCAGGCGGAUCCAUGUGGAGCCUUUUCCUCUGGAAGCCUUCUGGUGCCACCUAGCAGAACAGAAAGAGGUACUACACCUGAGAGGGCUUCAGGCAGCGGAAUCCUUUGGACAAGAAGUAGAGCUGGAGUUAAGAAUUGGAGGCCAGCUGCUGGGAAGCGGCUGCUCGCUGUCGAAAUGGGCAAGUUCAUGAAACCCGGGAAAGUGGUGCUCGUCCUGGCUGGACGCUACUCGGGACGCAAAGCCAUCAUCGUGAAGAACAUUGAUAAUGGCACCUCAGACCGCCCUUACAGCCAUGCCCUGGUGGCUGGAAUUGACCGCUAUCCCCGAAAAGUGACGGCUGCCAUGGGCAAGAAGAAAGUCGCUAAGAGAUCCAAGAUCAAGUCCUUUGUGAAGGUUUAUAACUGCAACCACCUGAUGCCCACAAGGUACUCUGUGGACAUCCCCCUGGACAAAACUGUUGUCAACAAGGAUGUCUUUAGGGACCCAGCCCUAAAACGCAAGGCAAGGCGGGAAGCCAAGGUCAAAUUUGAGGAACGAUACAAGACAGGGAAGAACAAAUGGUUUUUCCAGAAGCUUCGCUUUUAGGUAUAUUUUUGUUUACAUCAUUAAAAGUUUAAAAAAAAAGAAUUGGAGGCCAGUUAGGCCCCCUGAAUACAAGUGACAAUGUUGUGGCAUGGGCAGUAUAUGAGGCCACUGUCAGUGGGACCAGGAUCUAACUCUAAUGCAUGAACUGACUUGUGGAGCCCAUUCUCUAUGGAGAGACACCUUGUUCAGCCUCAGCAGGGGAAGGGGAGCUUGGUUCUGCCUCAGUGAGGUGAUAGAAGAAACUUAGUUAACUUCC